ACUUCCUGCGCUCAUCUCACUGCUCCUCAAAUUUGUCGUUUAUUAUGACUGGAAUCGAAAAUCCCGCUCAACCUCUCACCAUUCAGCAAAAAGAGUUCUUAGUCAAGAAGAACUCUUUAUCCAACAACGAACGACAACCGCGAACAUGUGUCUCGGACCUCGUUAUAACCCUUUUUAGUAAACUGGCGAUAAUUCCGAAGAUCAAGAAGAUCCACGACAUCAAGGCAAAGAACGAGGAGCGUAGGAUGAAGGAUAUAGCCUUUUUACAAGGAGACUCUCUGGAUCCAGCCUCCCCUCAAGCCUCGGUAUGGGACCUCUCUACCGAUGAACUCCAAGAGCUGGUGGAUUCGAAGGAUAUGCUAGAAGAAGCGAGACCUUACCUAGAAGGAAAGGUAUAUAAGGAGCUGUUGGAGAUGCAGAAGAAACUGGAGCCAAAGGCUUCAUCUGACGAGUCCGAUAAGAGCCGGCUCUAUGCGCCCGAUUUCGAAGAGAUCGAAUACACUUCGAUGGACUCUCCUGACAUCGAAUUUCCUACAGAUCUCAUAGUUUCCCUAAACCACAAUCCGAAAAAGUCCCCUUACCUCGGUAUUUUUCACCCAGAAAGUCUCAGAAUCAUUGUUCGAGAACUUGCCAGUAUCAAGACAAAGAAAGUCGCUUCGCUUCGCUCUGAUAAAAAAACCACCAUCCUCGAUCUCGACGACCUCCUCGGCAAACUCAAAGUCAAAACUGACGAUCCUUUUGAAGGUCUUCCCGAUGCAUACGAUUGUAUCGAAGCCAUGGAAGGACUGUGCAGAUUUGAAUCUAUCAGGGACUCGAAAGGAGAGAAAGGAAUUCACUACAAAUUUAUGCACGCUCACUGCCUUUAUUUCAAGAAUAAACCAGACUCGAAAAAAUACUACAAAUGGUGGAAGCCAGUUGAACUCGAACUCCGUCAAAGACGCUUCGAAAGCAUGGUCAAGUUCAGCAGACCGGCUUACGAUGACCAGUGGAUUUUAAUGCAGGCCAAAGCAGACGCGGAGAUGGCUUCCGAGUCAAAAUGGGCGGAGCUAGAAUUGAGAAUGGCGAGGCAUUGUGAAGAAGACGUACGGAAACGCAAGUCGUACCCCAACCGUGAUGACGAUUCGAGGGACUCUCGAUUUCGCCGGCCCUUUCAGUCGGGCAAUGGAGGUAACUCAUCGUCGGACCUCUAUUGCAUUGCUUGUUCACGACGAGGACACUCGGCGAAGACGCACAGUACCUCAGACCCCUCCCCACUCUGGGUUUCCCUCAAGCACAAGAUACUCUACCACCCCGUCUCCCAAAAACCCCUUUGCGGCAGAUUCAACAUAUUCAGUACCAGCAAGGGUGACAGAGACGGAAAAUGUACCGACUGUAAUUCAGAGCACGUCUGCUCUUUCUGCGGAAAAUCAGACCAUCAUGCCCUGGGCUGGAAGUGUCGUCAGAAACCCUAUGAACGUCGUUGAGUGGCUUGAGAUGUCUCGCCCUCCGCGUCUACUCUACACUGACUUUUCCUCUACUAUACACCGCCGCACACACGCCACCUCCUCCUCUCCAGAUUCUUUCAAAAAUUUUUCCCGCAUUGUUACCCCAUACGAUGCCUCAGCUUUUCAGCAGAAACUACAGCUCCAUAAUCUUACUCAACAUUAUCCUCUCCUCGUCAAUAACCUUAACAAGGGCUUUCCGCUGGGCACAAUGCCCAUCCUUGAUAGGACCAUAAUCAUUCCCAAUAACAACUCUUGUAUCGAACAUGCUUCGAUGGUAAACGAAUACAUCGUCGACGAACUUAAAGACGGUCGUUUCUGCGGCCCUUUCACCAAAGGAAGGAUGGAAGAAAUUAUGGGAGGCCCAUUCUAUGCCUCCCCUCCUAUCGUGGCGGUCCAAGAUGAAGGACCAGGUCUUCCGCCGAAGAAGAGGAUUUGUAGACAUCUUUCCAAAGACUCGAAACUUCUCCCAGC